GUGGAGGUGCUUCAUGGAGAAACCUGGUCCACAGUGUGUGAUGCUGACUUUGACCAGCAGGAUGCAGAGGUUGUGUGUCGAGAGCUGGGCUGUGGGCUUCCUGUGGAGAUGCUGAGAGCAGCUGCUUUUGGCAGAGGGGAGGGUCAGGUGUGGUCAGAGGAGCUUCAGUGUAGAGGCAACGAAUCUCAGAUUUACUUCUGUCCAACAUCACCUUCACUCAAACACAACUGCUCCCAUGACAGUGAUGUGGGACUGGUGUGUGCUGGUAAGAAAUAUAGAGUUUCCUGUUAUUCUUAAAUUAUUAUCAGGUUGGUAGAUGGUGGCAGUCGCUGUGCUGGGAGAGUGGAGGUUCUUCACAGAGGACAGUGGGGAACAGUGUGUGGUGAUUACUGGGAUAUGAGUGAUGCUGCAGUGGUGUGUAGAGAGCUGCGCUGUGGAGAGGCUGUAGCUGCACUGAGUGAUGCUCACUUUGGACCAGGAUCAGGACCGAUCUGGUUGGAUAAUGUGGACUGUAGUGGAUCAGAGUCUAAACUCAAGAACUGUAGAUCACCAGAAUGGGGUAAAAAUAACUGCGGUCAUGAUGAAGAUGCUGGAGUCAUCUGCUCAGAAGUCAAGCUGGUUGGUGGUUCUCACUGCUCUGGGAGAGUGGAGGUGCUUCAUGGAGAGACCUGGUCCACAGUGUGUGAUGCUGACUUUGACCAGCAGGAUGCAGAGGUUGUGUGUCGAGAGCUGGGCUGUGGGCUUCCUGUGGAGGUGCUGGGAGCAGCUGCUUUUGGCAGAGGGGAGGGUCAGGUGUGGUCAGAGGAGCUUCAGUGCAGAGGCAACGAAUCUCAGAUUUACUUCUGUCCAACAUCAUCUUCACUCAGACAGAACUGCUCCCAUGACAGUGAUGUGGGACUGGUGUGUGCUGACAGUGUGAGGUUGGUGAAUGGUAGCAGUCGCUGUGCUGGGAGAGUGGAGGUUCUUCAUAGAGGACAGUGGGGAACAGUGUGUGAUGAUAACUGGGAUAUGAGAGAUGCUGCAGUGGUGUGUAGAGAGCUGGGCUGUGGAGAGGCUGUAGCUGCACUGAGUAAUGCUCACUUUGGACCAGGAUCAGGACCGAUCUGGGUGGAUAAUUUGGAAUGUAGUGGAUCAACAUCUAAACUCAAGAACUGUAGAUCACCAGGAUGGGGUAAAAAUAACUGCGGUCAUGAUGAAGAUGCUGGAGUCAUCUGCUCAGUGGCUAGUUGA